GGGGUCUUUAAGGUAUAAAGUGAAGUGAAUCGUUCGCUCCCUCCUCUGCUGACCCUCGCGGUCGCAGCUCGCACAGCUGCCCUGUGGGUGGGCUUCACGAUUGUGCUCUUCGUGUUCCCGUCCGAGUCGAUGACGCAAUGCGACCGUGGCCGCCGGCUGCUCACGUGGACCGAGCUGAACAACAGCAUGCCCUGGUACACCUUGCUGCUCGCCAACACCUGCGUGCUGCUCAGCACCUACUUCCGAACAACCGGCCUGCAGCAGUUGAUGAGGGACGAAGUGUACGAACACUCGCUGCCCAAGCCCCUCUACGUGCAGAUUGUCAUUUCCGUCGUCACGUCGGUCAUGUGUGAGCUUUGCCAGAACACGGUCGUGGUUGCCAUCUUCGCGCCAUACGUUACUCACCUGGUAAGUACGUCGAUUUAG